AUGGCAGUGUCCCACAUGAAAAUGCGGGCGUGCCCCAAAAUCUGCCCGUGGGAGGCCAGAACUGCAAAGGAUAAGACAUUUAACGGAGAACUGCACACCUAUGACCCUUCCGUGAAGGAUCUAGCGGAUGCCUUCUUGAGGGAAGUGGACACCACCAUGACGAAGAUCGCCAGUGAGAUCGAGCCAAGGCUAAAGGACGACUUUGCCCCGGGGCUGCCACGCUUCAAAGCAGAGCUCAAGGAGGAUAUUCAGCUCUUCGACAAGCUGUGGGUCGAUUUUGAGGAGAAGUUCGUCAAAGCACGGCACGAGAUUAUGACAAAGGUCUUCGAGCAAGUGGAGCAAAUCAUUUCUGUGGAAAUGGAGCUGACUCAAGCAGAGGAGCGGCAUGACAUCGACGCGAAGCAGCGCUUGGAGAAUGAGUUUGUCCACGUGUGGUUGAACCUUGGCACGCACAGUGGUGUCAAAAAGGGGUUUGGGGGAGAGGCCAUGCGGAUUUGGCAUUCGCAUUCAAAGGUCUUGUUAUUUCCUGAAACUGCAGUGGAAAAGUUCCCAACGGAUGUGAUUCCACUUGCGGAAGCAUGCAUUUUCUAUGAGUCCAAAUGCACCGAAGAGUGGCUCCAACUGGCCAAGCAUUUGAUCUACGAAUACUUGGAACUUCGAAUAUAUGUCAUGAAGAUUCCAGAGCAGCGGCUCAACCCGCAGCUCAAGGAGAAUCCUCAGUUCAUGAAGCAUCUCAAGAGAUUCCAUGCGGCGACCUUGGCAGCUCGUGAGGCGCUGGAUUUCGUGUCCAAACUGCCACAGCUGAUCCAUGCCAAGACCUCCGACUGGAUGACAAAAAGAUUGCUGGAGCCAGAUCUGAGGUACAUCCAGAAGACUGCGGCUUUGCACCAGAUCCACGUGGUGGACCUGGGGCCGUUGCCGGAGCCCCACGGCUACUGCACCGAGUCCUGGAGAAGGGCGAUUGAUGGCCAGCUGCGGGAGGUGGUGAAUUGGAUAGAAACCCACAUGGGCGAGUACUUCAUUCACACGGACACCGACAUUCAGUUCUUCCCAAACUUCAUGCAUUUGCAGAUGGAGUGGCUGGAAUGGAUGAAGGAGGAAGGGCUGGAUAUGCUCUUUAUGCGCGAACGCACAGAGGUGAUACCUGAGCUGCGCUGUGGCGAGGUGAAUGGCGGCUUCUACAUGUUGCAUUGCAAUGAAGGGGCCUUUGAAGUCCGAUGGGCUACAAUUCCGGACUACCAAUGCAUUUGGGGCACUCCUACUACCGACAAGGAGGUCCGCAAUGCUGCUUUCCAUCACGCUGUCAACACACAGGACAAAGUGGCCUUGCUAAAAUCGGUGCGGCAGCAGGUUCGCGCCCAGCAAACCUUGGAACCCCCAGGGACCGCGGAAAGCACAGAUCUCUCAGAGAAGAUCCACCGGCUGGCUUCUGCAAUUGAAGGCAUUCGAGCUGGGAAUGAGAAGUGGAGCCCUCCAGAGUUAAAGGCCAUUCGGCAUCUCUUGCAAGAAGCGGAGGCUCUGGCUGAGAUGGCGCUGCCAGAGGCCAGCCACUGCGCGUCUUGUGGCCGUCCGGAGGUGCGUUGGCAGAGGCUCAGGUGGCGGAGCGACGAUGGUCAGGGCUAUUGCAAACCGUGUUGGAUGCGAUGGUGCCAAGACAUUCCAACGACUGGCAGGACCCACUAUUGCGGCUCGUGGCAGCUGAGUGAUGCACUUCCAGGAAAAAGAGUGUGCUGUGAGGAAUGGCUGUUGAGAAACCCAUCAACGCGCUGGCGUAGCCCAGUACGUGGGAAAACACGUUGUUACCGCGACGAAAAGGAGCCAGCACCUUGCUGCUCCAGCGACCCUUAUGCAGGUUGCAACGCAGUCCAACUGUCAAACACGCCAAAGGUUAGCUCGUUCUUAGUGCGGAUCCGGUUUGCAGUGCGGAACUGGCGGUGGCUUGCGAUCUGUACAGUACAUAUGUAA